AUGUAUGCUCUCCGCUCAUCACAGGCUCUGCACUUAACGCGGCGAGCCAUACAAUUGCCUCGCUCGCAAGUUAGACACUUCCACCAAACAAGACCAGCCUCAUCCUCCAUCGUCGACCUUGCACUAGACGGCUCUACCGCAUUUAUUCACGGCGUCCACACUGUUUCAUGUCUACCAUGGGUUGCCUCAAUUCCUCUAACGGCCGUACUUGUUCGUACAUUUGUCGGGUUGCCUAUCCUGUUAUACACUCGACUCCAUCGUCACCGCGAAAAGAAAAUAAUGCCAAUUAUAAGCGCUUGGACGAAAAGAUAUGCAAAGAAACAGACGGCUGAGCGCAACGGCGCGAACUUGGAGAGAUUCAAGAAUUUAUCAACUGCUGAAAUAAAAGUACUUGAUAUAAGAAAACGAACAGUUCAGCUUCAAAAGCGUUGGGGAGUAUCCGGCAAGCACAAAGCAAUCAGCUUUCUACAGAUACCUGUUUUCAUUGCGCUCAUGGAGAGUCUGCGCGGGAUGAGCGGCAACAAUAACGGCAUCAUUGCCUGGCUGUCGUCGUUCAUCGAGUCAUCGCCAGACCCUGCCUCCGCAGCUCAAUCCCUGCAUUUAACCAUCGAGCCCACUCUUGCGAACGAGGGUGCCCUCUGGUUCCCGGAUUUGCUGGCAGGUGACCCGACAGGCGUGCUGCCAUUUUGUCUGACUGCGUCGAUAUUGGGGAACGUUCUGAUGGGAUGGAAAGUCCAGCCUUGGAGGCACAUCCCGCUCCUUCCAAAGAACGAGAUGUACAAACAGAUCUUUUUCAGCGGUUUGCGGGCCUUUGUCAUAGUUUUGACAUGCUAUAUCGGCUUUGCAAGCUUUGUUCAAGAGAUGCCAACUGCACUUAUGCUCUACUGGAUCACCAGUACCAACGUUGCUACGCUGCAGACUUGGGUACUGGACAAUAAGGUGUUUUCACCCGUGGUGUACAACCGAUUCAUCGAGAAAUCCAUCGCUUUCGAGAAGCCGGGCGAUAAUGACCCUUUCCACUUCAUCAAGAUGGAGGCCACAUUCACACCCCAAUUUGACAGCAAGCUCAUGUCAGGCCUGAUUCAGCCCAUGGCCCCUGGGCGACUGGUACAGAUCUUAUGA